CUCACGCUCACUCACGCUCAUCAUCAGCGUACAUCGCAGUCAUGGCGACGCAGCAGUCGGCAGAGGAGACAGGGCCGAGCACAUCAGCAGCCUCUCAGGGCUCAAUGUCGCCGCCACCUCGUGCAUCCACGGACGCGCCCGCAUCAUCAUCGUCCUCUUCGACUGCCCGCAAGAAGGAGCAGAAGAAGCGUAAGGUCGGCCAGGCAUGCGUGUACUGCAGGCGCAGUCAUAUGACUUGCGACUCUGAGAGACCAUGCAAGAGGUGCAUCAAACGCGACAUCGGCCACCUCUGCCACGAUGAGACGCCAGGAAAGGGCCACGGCCAUGCUCACCAUGCCAUGCCAAAGAAGAAGGCCUCGUCGCCCGACUCAGCCACGUCUACCUCUGUUCUGCCGUCGACCAGCGCCGCAGAGGCCUCGUCCAGCCUCGCCUCGAUUCCUCCAACCGCUGCGCCUCUUGCUGCCAAUCCCCCAGCCACUUCACCUCCCAAUGCCGAAGCGCUAUCAGCCUACAUAUCUGCACUCACCAACACCGGCGCAGCGUCAACCAAUGGCGGACCCUACUCGUCGCAAUCACCAGCGGGAGCACUUCGCUCCAACGACCAGCUAAGCAUCAACGACGUCUUUCGUCCAGGUGCUGGUCUGGCUGGCCAGCGUCAAUCGCUGGGCUCAGACCCAUCCAUGAUUCCCGGCCCCAUUGAAGGAUCAGGUGCCGUUCCGCCACUGCCUCAAGAUCCUUGGUCACAGAUCACGUCCUCCGCUGCUGGGCUUGGAGGGGCUGGCUUCCUCGGACUAGGCGGCUCAGAUGGCAUGCAAUACGGCGGCUUCGGAGGUGGUGGAGGCGAUGCAGCAGGAGGCAACGAGUUCAAUUUGCUCAGCGAAUUCCUCGAGUCACUCGACGGUCCUAGCAAUACGGGCGAAGGGAUGCCAUCGUACGAUCCCAGCGCUGCCUCGACAUCCUUCGAUCCCAUGAACUGGGGCGACUCCACGAUUGCGUCGCAACAGUCUCCCCCAGCCCGCAACACACGCAAGCGUGGACCCAGCCCUACGCUGGACACCUCGCCUGCACCCACGCACAAGCGUCAGAUCAGCACCGGCGAGGCUCUGGGAGCGUACGCCCCACCCACACUCAAGGGCUUCUCCACCAAGACGGAGAAGUUCUUCCUCACCGCAGCAGACCAAGUCGAUGGUCCUCGAGAACAGCGCCUGAGCAAAGUCAUUCAAGCCAAAUAUGACGCCGGCCUCUUGCGACCCUACAAUUACGUGAAAGGCUACGCCCGCCUCAACACCUGGAUGGAGCGCAACGUCUCCCCGGCAGCCAAGCGGCGCAUCCUAAAGCCCCUCUCCAUCUUCCGUCCACGCUUCAGGGCAGUCGCUCAGUCCCUCUCCGACGUAGAUCUCAUCUUCAUCGAAGAAGCAUUCGAGCGCCUCCUCCUCGACUACGACCGCGUCUUUUCCACGCAGGGCAUCCCUGCGUGCCUGUGGAGGAGGACAGGCGAGAUCUACAAGGGCAAUCGCGAGUUUGCGGAGCUGGUGGGAGUCUCGUACGAGGAGCUGAGGGAGGGGCGACUCUGUAUCUACGAGCUGAUGGAGGAAGAGAGCGCGUGCAAUUACUGGGAGAAGUACGGCGCUGUCAGCUUCGAUCCAGGGCAGAAGGCGGUACUCACCAGCUGCGUUCUCACAGCGAAGCAGGGCAGCGCGCCAAGGGGGACUUUCUCGCGCAAUGCGGUGGGCAAUGAUGCGUCGGGCGCUGCGACAAGUGUUGUGGGAAGGAGCGGCACGGGGAGUAGGAGGAACAGCGUCAUCGCGGCCGAGGGGGAAGGAGAAGCGGAGGCUUCUAGGACGUCAGCGCAGCCUACGAUUACCAAGAUUCACUGCUGCUUUUCGUUUACGAUUCGCAGGGAUGGGUGGGGCUGUCCGAUGUUGAUUGCGGGCAACUUCCUUCCAGCCAUCUGAGCGGGCGGCCGCAUACCCGACGCAGUCUGCCAUCAUCAUCGUCUCCGUGUUGUAAUUUAUAUCCAUUCUUGAGUCA